AUGUCGAUUUUAUUCGACUACGUGGCCCAAGUUGUCGGAUAUCUUGUGGGGCAGCCAGAGAUGGCAGAUCAAGAGGAGCUUCCGCAAUUUCCCAGACAAUCAAGCCGAAGUCGCCCUCCAGCCACCGGCAGCAGACAUCUCGGGCGCCGUGAUUCAAUCUCGGCUCGACAUGAAAGAUUCGGCACGCUGGGAGGCUCUGCAUUCAGCAACACAAGAAACAAGUCGCGCAAGAUGACGGGGACAUUCAUGGAUUGGAAAAAUCAGAGACUUACCCAAACCACGACCCCAGAUCGACGCGGCCAGAUGUCUCGAACGAACCUAGCACCACCAUCCCAUCGUCCGGAGCAGGGGGAAGGAGAGCCAGCCUCCGAUGACUUGCUUGAAGGUAUGACGGAUGUCGAGAACCUGGUUGUCCCAGCUAUUCUGCUGCAAAACCUUCAGGCCUUUUACGAAGAGGAACUCCGCCGGGUGAAGAAAACCAAUUUGGAGCAGCACACGCGCAUCAUGCAACAGAAUGUGAUGAUCACAAAGCUGCAGUAUUCAAUCGAAGAAUCUGAGACAUGGUGGAAUCAUGAAUACCACAAAAAAGAUACAAGCCUGCAGAACACACAGGCAGAUCUCACCAAGGCUUAUGACAAGGUACACGCUCUUGAAGUUAGCCUGGAUGACUGCAAAAAGCGUAUCUUCGCCCUGCAACCAUUCGAGGGACCGGCAGAUGGCGAGCUUUCGACCUCAUUCAAAGGACUGCUCAGCUCCAUAGAAGACUGGCUCGAUAUGAAUUUUGGUGAUGUUCAGAGUGCGAUACCCAGAUUGAGUGUGUCUGUCGACGAACGCAGCACUGCUCUGUGUCUUCGCCACUUCUUCGAAGACAACGAGCUGGUUGCUAUUCGGCGAUUUCCUAAUGUCAGCCACUCGAUGCUCGGUUCAUUCAUUCUGCGAUCUUUGGCAAACUUCGUUUUCCAGGACAGGAUUCUAAUACCUGGCUUGGAUCCGGACCGUCAGCGCCUACUGUCCGAUCUGACUAAGGCGAUGAACCGACUGCAACCAGCCAAAGACGAGGAGGUAUGUCAAGCAUGGAGGGUUGACAUGUACCGUGCGCUGGAAAGCCUCGGCAACGUGCGAGCAAGUCGCGAAGAUUAUCUUCAUAAGUUUUCCAUCGCGCUUCUCGACACCAUGGCGAUUCUAAACCGGGACACUGCUGGAAGUAGGGCAGUCCGAGAAGCGUGUAUUGAUUUCGUCACCGAUGCGGCGCUGCUAGCAGACAAGAUCCGGCUUUGCACCAACGAAUAUGAGACAGUGUUUCCAUUCUCGUACAAUGAGGCGCUAGAACAACGAGUCAUGUAUGAGCGGAACCUCGAGGAGUACGACAUCAUCGAUGGCGCCACAGGUACGAAGCUCAGACAGGCCAGCACGCCUAUCGCAGCAUCGGAUGGCAGAGUUGGAGAGAUGGUUUGCGUUGUAUAUCCAGCAUUUGUUCGCAAGGCAUCCGACAGUAAGGCCAGAGCCCAGCUCUGCAAGGCCACAAUCGUCGUCGCCUUCGACCGCGCUGUUCCCCGAGGUGGGAAGCGCAAAGACUGUGGCUGA